AUGAACGGUCCUCAGAAUUGGUCUCGGGAGUCUUUGCCCAACUACACCGACAACUUUCUCAUUAGCCCGGCUGACCCCAAUGGGAGUCUCAUUUAUAUCCAGUGCCAAGAUAAGUGGUUCCGCAAUAGCUUCAGCACGAUGGGCAAGUACUCGACGUACUUUCAGCGCCCCGGGUCCGUGUAUGUCAUCGAUGACCAGACCCCGGAGACCGCCGGCGCAUAUCUUCACUUCAACGAGCGCUUGGUGUUCUCCCCCAGCCCGGAGCACAUCACCCCCUUCAGCAGCGUGCUUCCGGACUCGUGGGAGAUGAAAACUACCCUGGCACAGAAGCUGCACCUGUGGGAUACCUGUGGCCAAUUCGGAAACUACAUGCUCAGGCGCUACGUGGAGCAACACAUUGGCGACAUCCUCACCCACUGGCGCCACUACUACCGCCACCCUGUUGUCCACGAAAGGCUGGAGAACCCGGAAUGGUGCGUCCUUGACAACUUUGGGGCGGCGUACCAGCUUUGCGUCGACAUGAGAUGGGACAUUCAAGCCAGCGCCAUUGUUCAGUCGUUCGUGCGGAACAUCAGGGAUGACGAGUGGGACGAUUACGCGGAGAAUCUAGUGGAUGAGUCUCUCGCGUUCUUUUGGCGCGCUGAGAACGGGUUGGCAGAAAUCAGGGAGGCUCAGCGCCUUGCUGAGGUCAGGAUGGCUCAACACCUUGGUGAGGUCAGGGCUGCCGGGGACAUAUUCGUGGAAGGAGUUCUGGCGGGGGAAGCCCUUCGCGACGGUCGUUAG